AUGGCCAAGGCUGCUAAAUCCGCUCCUCCUGCUGUCGCAGCUAAAGACAAUGCCGACAAGAAGGCUUUGAAAAAGUCCAAGAAGGACGGUGAGAAGGUAGCUUCCGCUCCUGCUACCGCCAAGGAGGAGAAGAAGUCCAAGAAGUCAAAGAAGGCCAAGACUCCCACUCCUCCCCCUUCGGAGAGCUCUGAGUCUGAGUCUGAGUCUGAAUCUGAGGAUGACUCGUCAAGCGAUGACUCUUCAUCCGAUGAGGAGGAAGCUAAGCCCGCUGCCGCUGCUGCUAAGGAGGAAUCUUCAGACGACUCCUCGUCCGACGGCUCUGACUCUGAAUCCGAUUCCGACUCUGAGGAAGAGGCCAAACCUGCUGCUAAGGUCGAGGAGAAGAAGGUAGAGGCUAAGGAGGAUAGCGAUAGCUCCUCCGAUGACGGUUCCGACAGCUCAGAGGAAUCUAGCUCAGAUGAGGAAGAAGAGACCCCUGCUAAGGAGGAACCCAAGACCAACGGCAAACGAAAGGCCGAAGAGGAAGAGGAGACCGCUGGUCCUGCGCCAGCCAAGAAAGCUCGUGCCGAAGACAACGAAGAGGCAUCUACCAAUGUAUUCGUCGGUCAACUCUCAUGGAAUGUCGAUAACGACUGGCUCAAAUCGGAAUUCGAGGACUGUGGUGAAGUUGUCUCCGCUCGAGUCGUCUUCGACCGAGAUUCUCAACGAUCAAGAGGUUUCGGUUACGUCGAAUUCGCCGAUCUUGAAGCUUCUGCCAAAGCCAUCGCUAAGAACGGUCAUGAGAUCGAUGGUCGAGCCGUCAGAGUCAACUACGCCACUCAGCGAAACCCUCAACAAGCCGUUGAGAAGCGAGCUAAAGCUUUCGGAGACCAACAAUCUCCUCCCGCCGAAACCCUCUUCAUCGGUUCUUUGUCUUUCUCAGUCACUGAAGAUCAGAUCUACGAAGCUUUCGGUGAACACGGUGAUGUCCAAAGUGUACGAUUGGUGACGGAUCGAGAGACCGGUGCGCCCAAGGGAUUCGGUUAUGUGCAAUUCGGUGAUGUCGAGCAAGCUACCGCUGCUCUUAACGCUUUGAACGGUCAAGCUAUUGCCGGUCGACCCAUCCGAGUUGACUACGCUCCUCCUAAGCGAAAUGACGGCGAGAGAGGUGGAUUCGGCGGCGGUCGAGGUGUUGGUGGUCGAGGAGGAGGCCGAGGUGGUGGUAGAGGUGGAUUUGGUGGUGACAGAGGUGGUAGAGGAGGUGGCAGGGGUGGUGGCCGAGGUCGAGGUGGUCCCCCAAGAGGUGGUGCCCGAACCGGUGGUAUCGUCAAAGCUGAAGGUUCCAAGGUCACUUUCGAUUAA